CUUCCCCGCCUGCGUGCCUGCCUGCGUAUGUGGUCGCCGGCCGUCUCUGCGUGCUGGGCAUUGGCCCAGCGCGUUCGCCGUCGCCGUGCGCUGUCUGCUAUGCUGUCGUCUGCCGGUCCGCGCGCCCGCGCGCUCGCCUGCUCGUUGCCCGUCCGCUCGCAUUGCGUGCGUUCGUCGGCCAGGGCAUCCUCCCAACACGCCCGCGGCCUGCGUGUGUGUCGCGCAACUUGCCCAUCGACUUGCUCAUUCGCCGGCUUGCCCGUCCUGCAUUCGUCGGCCGCGUCUGCGUGCUGUGGCGCAGCGCGCUCGCGGUCGUCGUGUGUGCCGUCGUGCUGCUCGUCUCACAAAUCCUUCCGUACGGUCGUCCGCCCAUCCGCCUGUCCGCUUGCUCGCUCGUCCCCCGCUCUUGUGCCCGCUCGCCCGCCCAUUUGCGUGGUGUGUGCGUUGACCGUUCGUCGGCCGUGUGUUCGUGGUGGGCAUUCGCCCUGCGCGCUCGCGGUUGGCGUGCUCUGCGCGCCCCCUGCCCCACGCCUGUGUUAGCUUGCUAGCUCGCGUGCAGUUGCACUUACCUUCGCCAGUGUCAUACACUCGCCACGCGUUCGUCGGCCGCGUCUGCAUGCUGGGCACUUGCCUUGCGUGCCCGUGCUCGUCGUGCUCAGCGUCGAGCCUUCGAUGUGCUUCGUGGUGCCGCUGCUGUCGGGCUCGUAGUGGUGCUCUAGCACGCCCGAGCCAAGCCCGAGGACCGUCGCGAUGUUGAGGGGGAGUUCCUCGCAGCCAGAGGGAGAGGGACGCGAUGGAAGCAGAAGAUGAAGACGGCC